GAAGUCAGCUUUAUAAAAAAUCCUGAAACGCUGGACCUUAUUGCAAACGAAUUAUCUAUCAAUCGCCAAUUGCUGGCAAAUGUUCUCACAACCAAAGUUACGGAGACACGAGCCGAAGCCGUACGAAGUCCAGUUAAUCAGCAGCAGGCAAGAGUGAACAGAGACUCCAUAGCAAAGUGUCUCUACUCAAAGUACUUUGAACUGCUGGUAGAAGAACUCAAUCAUCGUCUGGCCCCUCCGAGUGCCAGCGAGUUGGAAGCCUCACACAGUAUAUCCCUUCUCGACAUUUAUGGUUUUGAGGUAGAUCACAACUUGCCAUCAAACUCCUUGGAGCAACUGUGUAUCAACUAUGCAAACGAAAAUUUGCAACUCUUCUUUAAUCGCUAUGUUUUUGAACUCGAACAAGCUGAGUACAACAAUGAAGGAGUCAGCUGGAGCUACAUUACAUUUCCGGACAACAGAGUGAUCAUCAACCUACUCACUGGAAAGCCCGAUGGCAUUUUCCACAUCUUAAAUGAUGAGGCAUAUCUCGGUCAGGUGCGUCCUCCCUUGCACAGUACGAAGUCAGAUGAUGGAAAGGACGUUGCUUGA